AUGAUAGCUUCAAACCUAACAGAAGCAGAUGAAGUCUAUGAGAAAGUUCUCUAGAAUGGAUGUUUCUAUAGAUUUCGCUUAGGAGAACAGACCAAAGAAAACUUCGUUAAGUAUUAUCUAGAAACUAUGUCGAUUUCUGAGACCAGAUUGAUCUUUGUUGAAUUCAACUUUAAGUAUUACACUAUGUUGCCAAUGAUUGAGUCAUUAAAACACACUUCAAGUAGAUACUCAAUUUUCUGGUUGAAAAUUCUGAGGGUAAGCUAGUACCUUUUGUGA